UCUUUCUGUAGAUAAAUCUGACAGGUAGACCAGCUGGCAGGUAUUUACAUUAAAGCCCAGCCAGCCGGCCUCCAGCCACCAAGCAGCCAAUCAGAACACACAAGACCUGAAAGCUUAAGGGUGCCAUUCGAGGAGAUGGCCACACCCCCUCUAAGCUGCUCACAAAAGAGAGACAGCAGCAGAGAGACAGACAUAGAAGCAGAGAGACACACAUAGAAACAGAGAGACACACAUAGAAACAAAGACAGACAUAUAGAGACGGACAUAUAGAAGAGUAGAGACAGACCGAGAGAGAGAGAGACAUAUAGAAGCUGAGUGAGACAGACAUAGAGACAGGGACCAAUAGAAGCAGGGUGAGAGACUGACAGAAGAGGAGAGAGACAGAGAGAGAGACAGACGUAUAUAGCAGCUGAGAGGCAGACAGCACUUUGGAUGGAGAGAUGAAGAGCCUGAAGUAGAGAGACAGACUGCGGUAGAGCCGGAGACAGGCAUGGACGGACAGACAGACAGCUGGUCUCUCCUUGUGGGAGGGUGUCUCUUCUUUCCCGGACUUUUCUUCUUCUUCAAGCGAACGCUCACACAGCUGGGCUGUAACCAUGGAGACGCUACCACUGCAUCGGCCCGGGCCGUGUCGGCGGUCCAGGCCAUCAUGGCGUCUUCGGCUGGCGUCAUCAUCGUCACUUCCUGUGAGGACGUGAUGAGGGACAGGCACUGGCUCUCAGAGUCCUACGUUGUCUUUGCGACGCCCUACUUUGUCUUCGACAUCUACACCAUGUUCCUCUGCUACAGACACAGGCUACAGGUCAAAGGUCACGAGGGAGGGGUCGGGGUGGGGGGCUACCUGCGCCGCGAGCUCCUUCUGGUCCUCCACCACCUCUUCAUGGUGCUGGCCUGCUGCCCCGCCUCUCUGUUCUGCAGGCAGGGGAGGGGGGACUUCUUCCAGGGUCUCCUCUUCCUUGCUGAGCUCAGCACGCCCUUCGUGUGUCUGGGGAAGGUUCUGAUCCAGUUCCAACAGCAGAAGACUCUCCUCCACAAGCUCAACGGAGCGCUGAUGAUCCUUGUCUUCUUCUGCUGUCGCGUGCUGCUCUUCCCCUACAUGUACCUCACCUACAGCAGGUACCUGCGGGUCCCGCUGCUCCGGGUGCCUCUGGAGGUGCCCUGGCCCUGCAACCUGGGGGCCGGCCUCCUGAUGGCCCUGCAGGUCCACUGGUUCCUCCUCAUCUGCAGGGGAGCCCUCCGCCUUCUGCUCCGCCCAGCGACACCCUGACAGCACAGCCUCCACCCAAACACCACCCGCUACACCCUGACAGCACAGCCUCCACCCAAACACCACCCGCUACACCCUGACAGCACAGCCUCCACCCAAACACCACCCGCUACACCCUGACAGCACAGCCUCCACCCAAACACCACCCGCUACACCCUGACAGCACAGCCUCCACCCAAACACCACCCGCUACACCCUGACAGCACAGCCUCCACCCAAACACCACCCGCUACACCCUGACAGCACAGCCUCCACCCAAACACCACCCGCUACACCCUGACAGCACAGCCUCCACCCAAACACCACCCGCUACACCCUGACAGCACAGCCUCCACCCAAACACCACCCGCUACACCCUGACAGCACAGCCUCCACCCAAACACCACCCGCUACACCCUGACAGCACAGCCUCCACCCAAACACCACCAGCUACACACUUGCACCACCACCACCUGCAUCCAAAACCCCCCACAUACACCUAACACCUGGAUGUGACCUUAACCUGGGACCCUGACCUUGAACCCUUGACCCUGACCUUCACCCCUGACCCUAACCUGGAACCAUGGUCAUGUCAGGGUGUCUCUGGCCCCCGAUGGUCAGACACUGAGGUGGACUUGGACCUUUGACCUCAAGGGAUAGAGCUGGGGUUCAAAAAGAUUAAUUAUUAUAAGAUGUUAUUUUAUAAGAGGGAAUUCAUGCAGAUGUCUUCUUGUUUACCUACUGGGCCCACUGUUCUGUUCCAGAGGGGAAGUGGUUUAUUGUUUAGUAUAAAACCAAACAUUAUACCACAGCAUCGUUUAGUAGUAGCAUUCUUGCUAACUGCUGUACAGCCGGAAUAAACCAAAGGAAAUGUGACAAUGUGACUUUAUUCUUCUGUCAUGUCUUGUUCUUCUCGCUCCAGCGACCGGAGGGACUGGCUAAUGGUCUACAGCUCUUACGGACUGGGACUGGGACUGUAAACUGGUCUUCAGCUUGUAAACAGUUGGUUCAUCAAUGAUUGAUCCCACAACCUGAUUAUUGUUUCAACACAUUGUAGAGGCCACGCCUACCAAACACUAUAGUAUAUAGUCUACACAGGCCUAGUGUUUAUACGAGGUAAUUAAUAUAGUAGUUAAUUAUAAUAUAUGGUAGUUAAUAUGAGGUAGCCUACUGUUGUAUGUAGUGUCGGCCUGCUUUGCGAUGCACAUCGAUGGAUAUGAUAUCAAUAUCAGAUUGUGUCAAACUUUAAAUGAUUGCUUUACAAAGAUCUGCUGCUUGUUAAGACCAACCGAUAACAAGUAGGCCUAUUCAAUAAUCA